AUGGCAAGCCCGGUUCAAGCAGCAUGGAUCGUCAGCCAGUUUCAAUCACAGUGCUUGCUUGACAACACCCCGUGUCAUCCGGAAGCCAGUCUCUGGAAGCACUUUCAGGGAAUCUUUGAGUCUGUCCAGUGUACGCAUCCGGCCUUGAUUGAGCAUCCGAAUGUACAGGCAUACAUCCACCGAUUGUACAUAGCCUUGGCAGACAGUGCAAGCGCCAAAGCAGCGCCUGCCAGCUGGCCCAUUGGGGCAAAUCAAGAAACUGAAAACAGCCAGCGGCCAGGCCGCAAGGACCUGCAACCAAAAGAACCCAAAGAAGAUUCAUCAACCAGCCAGCAGACAGGACGCAAGGACCUAGAAAAUUUGAAGAAAACAACGGAUUCAGAAACAAACAGCCAGCGAGCAGGACGCCAGGACCUGCAAGACCAAGAUCCGGAAGGGACCCUGAAACCCCUUGGACCUAUGUCUUUUCAGGCCAUGCCAGGAGAAAGCACACCCGGUGCACCUGGCCCCUCCCCAAAACCGAACCCCCUGCCAGAAACAUCACCCAACCUUUGCCAGCCAAGCCAACCUGCCGAUGAUUUGCAAAGCCUGCAUCCGUUGCCUGUACAGCCGUUUCAGCCGAAGAUUUGUACAGCCUUCAUGCAAGGUGAAACCGGGAUUGCAUCAACCACUGACAGAAACAUCACUGCUGUGCCAACUAAGGAACCUUUGCCGAUGCAUGCCAAGCCGGAUGUCACAUCCGGAGGAACCCCUGCUUUUGCCACAGCAGCACACAUGUCAGUCCAUUGCAACCCGUCAGUGAAAGCUGAAGACCUGAGCACAGCUCAAGCCGCAAAGCCAGCACAGCAAGAUGAAGCCUCAGCAUUGACUAGACCAGCUGAAGAUGACCACCAACCUGAUGGAUCAUUCACUCAGGACUUGAAGAUGGACAUUGACAAGGUUGAUCCAGUAAUGCCACCAACACAGCACGAUCCAGAGGAACACAUGGAUGACAGUGUCACGCAUACUAUCCAGGUGAUUCGUUGGGGUGACAAACAGCCAUCGCAGAUAAAGAUUUCAGCUGACGCAUCGGUUGGAUCCAUCGCAGUUGCUGAAGCCAAGUUGGAUGCAAUGACACCAGCAAUUGCAAUUACCACUGCGGUGGGUACACAAAUCAGAUCAGCAGAAGUCACCACGCCGAUGCAGCAGAUUUUUCUGCGAGAGAUGUCUAGCUUUGGUUGCCAGCCAGCUCAUGGAACUCUCCCAGCCGAACUCCUUUCUGAAUACCCCUGCCAGAGGCAGUACUUCAAUGAGCCGGUGAUGAUCACAUGCCAAGGCUCCCUCAUUGAAAGUGGCAUACCGAAUGAUUGCGGUUUUCAAGCAGUAGCAUGGAUAACCAGUGCAGUCAUGGACAAAGAAUUUUGCAGUGAAGGUUUCCGAACACCACCUGUGUCAGUCAAAGAUGCCAUUGUCUGGCGAACACUCUUUGAACAUGCCUUGCACAGCAGAGGGUCUGACAUUGCAACGGUUGUCCCAGCCAAUCUGAGCUUUGGAGGAGUUAGUGGGGUUGAUCUCAGUAGCCAACUGCAAGCCUUGCUGAAAGACCAUGGAGUACCAGAAGAUCUCUGCGCACACAGAGCCACAACAGUCAUGGACAAACUAGGGAGGCAGGCAGUUGCAAGGAUCUUUCGAGCCGCCACCCCAUGGAAAGACCUCAAAGCAGCCGCCAAUCAUGCAACUCCGAAGCUGCAGUUAGUAAUGGAAUCAGAAUUGCAGGCAGCCAUUGCCAAGCGAGCAGAACAAGGUGAGCCGAUUGGAGACAAGAGACGUAAGCUCAAAGGUGACAAGCAAGCCAAGAGAUUCAUCCAAUUGAUGCCAGAGGAUGUAGGAAUCACUGAAGGUAUCUUUAAGGAUGCACACCAGACAAACCUCACGCAAAUCCCACUGGCUAGCAUUGGACCCCAAGCCAAAGAAAUCGUAGUCUGCCAGGCAGCCAAUGCCAUCCCAUACUUGAAGCUUCGGAAGCCAAUUUCCCAGCAUGGACUUGCCAUGAUUGUCCUUGACCACCGUGACAUGGCAAUCCAAGGAUCAGGCCAAGAGAUCAGAUUCCCAGCGAGGUGUGAGAAAACUGGUGAAGCAAUGUUGAUCACAGCACGUAUCAUCCAGUUAGGGGCUGUUGAAGUUUCCAAAAUCCAGGCUCCCCAGGGAGCCAAGGUUGAAGAGGUUACAGCUGAGGCCAUCCGAAUUGUUGCCUACAAGGACGAAUUGACCAGCACCACUUGGGACAAAUUCAUUGCCAGACCAAUCCGUCAUGUCAUUGAGGCUCAUUCAUUUCUUCAGACGGAGGGAAGGCACAACCCAAUCAUUGACAUUUGGGAUCGGCAGUAUCUGAAUGAAAGAUUUGAGAAGACCCACCCGAAGCAGUCCUCCGUGUUUAUGGCAUGUUUCGUGUGGAUCAUCUGGCUCAACAAGUCUGAUCGUCAAGCAUCGGUGUUGGCAUCCCAAAGCACCCAGCAGUGGAACAGCAUAGUGAGGGCACCCUUUGAGGUGUAUCAAAUGGAGCAUGCAGAUGUACUGAUUUCCGAGGUGCCCAAGAAGAAUCAGAGAGCUCAUCAACCAAGCACCGAUAUCCAGGGAUCGGUCAAGACAAUUUCAGCAUUAUCCAGCACUACUCUCCCAGAGAGCCAAGAGGAGGAAGACCCAUGGGCGAAUGCAGACCCUUGGAGCAGUUGGCAAACCCCGCCAAAGAUCAGCCGUGCCAGUCGCCCCAGUCAGGUAAGCCAGGAGCAUGUAGAUGCCAUUGCAGCCAAGGUCCAAACCAACCUUCAGGUAGCAUACCCCAAAGCCUUUGUCAGCACCACCGGCAUGGAAAUGGAUUCAAUGCAGGCCGACAAGAUUGCCAGCUUGGAGGACAGAUUGACUCAGUUGGAAGACACCAUGCAUCACACCCAGGCAGCACAGGCAAAACACAACCAGCAAGUGGAAGGCCAGAUUGGACAGAUCCAACAUCAGGUUGAACACCAGUCUCAAGCAUUGCAUGCGCACUUUGAUACCAAACUGCAGGAGCAAUUGACACAGAUCGAAAGCUUGCUCACAAAGCAUGGACCCAAAAGCAUUGGACGCACCAGCAGCAGCUCUGGCAGAGCAUCCGAGCAGCACCAGGGUUCCCUGGUGGAUUCACCAGUGACCGACAUCAGUUCUGAUGGUCUCACCAUCACCUACCAACCGCAUGUGUUCUCUCAGGAGACUGAAAUCUCCAAUGGUGAAGGUUUUCUUGCAAUAGCCAGCCACACAACCGGAACCAUCACCCUGAGUUGCGAAUGCCCAGUUGAGGUUAUGCCACUCGAUCCCAUCACCGAGACCGAAUGGAGACAAGCAGUCUCCAAGAAAAAGGCAACCACAGCCAAAGGAUUGCAACCCUGGCCAAAGGCCGUCUUGGCUGGACACAUCACCUCCAUUGAAAAGAAUGAAGGCAUUUGGUGGAACCUAAGCCAACUUAUGGAAGCAGCUCACUAUGAUCAGAACGAACUCUCAGGACUGGUCACUGACGUUUGUAAAUGCUAUAACACAUUGCCACGAGCAGUAGUUUAUGCAAUAGGACGUCACUGUGGUUUGCCGGAAGUUUUCAUGCGUAGUUGGCACAUGGCUGUUGCAGGCAUCACUCGACACUUCAUCGUAGGGGGAGCAUGUUCCUUUGGCAUCCAGUCUUGCACAGGAUAUCCGGAAGGAGACCCGCUAAGUGUAGUCAGCAUGGUCCUGAUUAACAUAGCUAUGCAUCAUAUCGUGGAGAAGAAGGCUGCACCAACCAAUACAAUUUCAUUUGUAGACAGUUGGGAGUCUCAUUCUUCUUCUAUCCAGGCAACCUGUGCCACCUUUGCUGCCCUUGACCAGUUUUCCCAGAUGAUUGACAUUCGUCUGGACAAAGCCAAGACCUAUGGGUGGGCCCUGACCACCAAGGACCGCCAGGAGCUGAGGAGGCAGGGUUUUCAGGUGAACUUGCAUGGUAAAGACUUGGGGGGGCAACUCAGCUACUCCAAAAUCAAAACCAACUAUGCUUUGCGAGCCAGGAUUGCCAAAACCGCACCUUUUUGGGGUACCCUUGCAAGAAGCGCCGCUCCUCAGGCGCAUAAGCUGAGGGCCAUUGCUACAGUUGCCUGGACCAGAUGUUUGCAUGGAAUAGCCAGCAUACCCUUGGGAAGUGACCAUUUCACACGCAUGAGGGCCCAAGCUAUGACAGCCAUGCGAUGGGAAAAAUCUGGGGCCUCAUCAGUGAUCCAGUUUGGGCUUGCCAUCCAUCCGCGUUUUGACCCUGAGUUUUUUGCACUCAUGGACACAAUGAUGCUUUUCCGGAAGUACUGUUCACCAGAUCUUGCAUUUCCAGUUUUGACCGCCUUGGUUUUGCACCCACCAUCACAUGUUGUACCUGGCCCGUGUGGGGUCCUGCUUGCGCGCAUGAACCAAGUAGGUUGGGCAUGGGAACACAAUGGGUGGAUUAAAGACCAUGAGGGCCUUUUCAUUCAUGUACUGGAUUGCCCGAUCCAACUCUUGCGGAGCAGGUUGCAACAUGCAUGGUCACACUAUGUAGGGCACAUGUUGCAAACACGGAAAGAGUUCACAGGGUUAGGCAUGGUUGACGCCCCAUUGUCAAGAGCCACUAAAAACCUUUUCACCACAGAAGAACAGGGAUUGCUACGCACUGCAAUGAAUGGAACAUUUUUCAUUCAUGACCAGCAACCAGAAUGCACUCGUUUACAUGGAUGGAUGGUUGAAGACCACACUAAUGCUAGGUUAAGGUACGCAUUGACCUUGAUCCAGGAUACCACCAGACAACCGGCUGGUCAGAUUCCUUUUCAAUUAGUUUCGCAUUUCUUUGUGGAUGGAGCAUGCCUUGAGCCAACAGUGCCUAGCUUGCGGGUCGCCACAUGGGGAGUUUGUGUAUCUAAUUUGCCUGAGGAUAACUUUGUACCAGUUGCGAGUGGGAUUGUUUCAGGGGAACUGCAAACAGCACUGAGAGGAGAAAUUACGGCCACAAUUUCAGCUGUGAAUUGCGGACUGACCACAUCUCGACCCUUCUGCAUUUGGACCGACAAUGAUACAGUAUACAAAAGGUUGCACAGGUUUCUGUCAGAUGAGGCCAAACGGACAAACUGA